AUGACAUCCGAGUCUGACAUUUCUGAGCUUGUUGACACGCAGUACCCAGCCUCUGCAGCCGGGCAGGGUGAAGACCCCAGGGAAGCCAUGGUCAACUCCGACCAGAGAGCAGAAGCAGAGCAAGCUUGGCCUUGGAAUGGGUGGGAUGGCCCCUGUUGGUGUUUUAAAUAUGUUCCCUGUGCUGCAGAGAAUGAGAAGUCCAACGAGGAGAAGCAGAAGGAAGAAGAGCUGGUCCAGCAGAUACACAAGCUGGUGGAAACGUGGGAUUGCCUGGUGGACGAUGUGGAGUUUGAGAGGCUCAGGGAAAGGGAAGAAGACAAGGAAAUGGCAGAGUUCCUGCAAACUCCUGUCAAAGAGAAGAAAAUGACUUCCAGGGGGCAGCAAACCUCCGCACCAUACAUGACCAAAACAGGCCUCACCUUGCUCAAGGAGUGCUGUGGCUUCACCUGCUCCAUCAUGUAGGCCAGCUCCCAGCUCCUCUGCACAGGACAUGACCAUGGUAGAGUAGACGUCCUGGGAAG